AUGCGACGACGCCGGAAAUGGUUGUUCUCUUCAUCAGAAUUCCCGAUCGACUCGUUCCUUCUUGGCGGCUUCUACGACAAAAUCGAGAUCGGCAUCCGCGAUCGGCGCAACAGUUUUCGGCCGCGAAGCGGGCGAUGGUUCCGCAGCGGGGUGCUGAUGCGCAUCGAUAACGCCCACCUUCGCCCAUGGGUCUCGAUCAGGGUGCUGUUGAGUCAACAGCCAGAUUACAUCAUUUACCCGGGCGUUGGCUUCGUG